UCAACUUUAAGCAGUCAUUAGUCAAGUACAUGAAACGUUACCAGAAUUACCAUCAAACGUAAGUAACAUUACAUUUAUAUAACUGUGUGAAAUGGUAGGACAAAAAGGUCAAAGAUUACAUUCCACACAGAUGCAAACUAUCGACAUAAUUAAUUCGGACGGUCUUACUUUAACAGACUAUGAUGCAUCAUAAAUAACAAAAGUUAGGUUAAGAAGAUACGUAAAGAGCAAAGGAUGGAAAGUAUGAUGAAACAAUUAUGUAUGACACUACUCGGUGUGCCCAUGGAAGCCCGAAGUGCAACAGUAAAUGCUUCAGAAAUAGCACAACGGAACAUUUCCAAAAAUACACGCCGCCUCCGAAACUGGGUCGAGAAGGUUCACGAGGACGUAACACGCCGACGAACCGAAAAGCGAAAAUGGCCCAAUGCGAAAGGACAGUUGCCAUUGUCGCGGAAGAUCUACACGAGGCCGAAACUGUCAAAUUUGACAAGCCAGUUGACAAAACUACAACAGAAUCGGCACCUGCUUCGCCCGCUCUGGAUGCACCUGCACCUGCACCGCUUGAUAAACUUAAGGAGACAUUACCAGGCACCGACAUAAAGGACUCAGUAAAGGACAACUGUGAGGCAAAUGGUGUAGAGGCCAACAACAACGAACCAUCAGCCUUAUCAAGACUGGAAGAAGAAGUUCAAAAGCGAACCAAUGAACGUGAUACCUACCAAAAAAAAUUGGAAGAAGCGGAGAAAAAAUUGGGGACCUUGCAGUCUUCUUACAACGCCUUGAUAAGCGGCGAGGGCAACGAAGUCACUCUUCGAAAAGAAAUGGAGGACUUGAAGAACGCACUAACUCAAACCCAAUUGAGACUGGACGAUCGUGGCCGUUUAAUGGCCAACCAAGAGAACCAGAUUAACGCCCUGACCAAACAAGUGUCUUCUUUGAAAGAAGUCGUGUCCAUCACGAAGGAUCUUCUCAACAUCCGCAACAUGGAGGUGAAGCAUCUGCAGGACGACGUGGACAACAUGGAAAGCCGAAUCGCGGCGGAGCGCGAGAGGCAUAACGCAAUGUUAAGUAAAAUGAACGAAGCGGAGCGCUUAAAUUCCGACUUGAGGCAGGAAUACGAAACGCAGUUGAAGAUUUUCCAAGACCUCCGUGGAAAGUACGAGGAGAAGGUCAAUUUGCUCUCAGAAGAAAAUCGAGCCCUCGAGUCGGCAGCGCACUCGGCGCGCUCGUAAUUACUUUUUAAUUUGUGACAGAUGCGAUAAGCGAGAUGAAUUAUAAUCAACUCGAAAAUCGGUGUCGUCACUUUUUGCCGAUACCAGUCCAGUGUAACAAAUGGUUCGGGCGAGUACCGCAGGAGAGCAAUUUUUUUAAAUAACGAUACACGAAUUAGGAUUUGUAAGUUGAUUCUAAAAUAUUUCCAAGCUUUUAUCCCUAAGAAUACUUGUAAUCUUCGACAAUACCCUAGAUCAUAUCUGUGGCAAGGCCUUCUGAAACGCUUAUCCGUGAAUUCGCGUAAUGGAGAUAGGACAAAAAUCUGGAAAUAAAAAAAAAACAUCUAAUCUGGCGACCCUCGCGAUCCAUGUAUCCAUGUCCAACGAACACAAAACCGUUAUCUCUAACAUUUGCGGUAUUCGCUUGAGGCAGAAUCUACUCGAGUCGAGGCGAAUAUAUGAAGGAUUACGUUUCGUGAUUGGACGUAUAAAUUACCGAAGCCAUGCUCGGUAGUGGCAGUAAGACGUCAACGGAGAAUCUCGGUAAUGUCGAUGCGAUAAAAAGUAUUUAAUUCAUUCUAUAAACAAGUGGUAGGUACUUAUGCAAAGAUUAAAUUAAACAUCCGUAUCUUCCUUAAA